GCAGUGCGCGGCGCCUCCUUCACUAGUUGCGUGUUGGCCUGAGUGCGUGGCGACAGAAGGCAGGAGUUGGGCUGUGUGCGUGCGUGUGUUGACUUGAGUGCGUGUCUCUAUCAGACGAAAAAACAGCUUAACCUUCCCUCAAGAUGGUCGGAACUAAAACAACGCGGACAGUGACGGUGGAGAAGCGAGGAGCAUUUGAUGAUGACCCAUUCUUCAAGGAUUCCCUGGACGAGUGGGACAAGGCCAUGAAAACCGUGGUGGACAAGUGGCCAACUGACUCUUCCACCUCUAAGUCCACUACCACCACCACCACCACCACCUCCCGCCCCGUCGAGACCAGGAACGUGUACCGCCAGAUUAGGUCAUCCAACGUGACCUCCGAUGACUCCCAGGCCGUGUCGUGCACCGAGGAGAAUGACAAGUAUAAGAUGAUGAUAGACGUGAAGGAUUACAAGCCCGGGGACAUCACCGUGAAGACUGUGGACGACACGGUGGUGGUGGAGGGCAAGAUUGAGCAGAAGGAAGGUAACUCCAUCAAGACGCAAGUGUUCACCCGCCGCUUCAUGCUGCCCCCCACCGUCAACCUCAACGGUGUCACCUCAGCACUCUCCCGCGACGGCGUCCUCACCAUCAGCGCUCCCAAGCUGGCCGCCCAUGUGACCAGCGGGCGCUCCACAUCGCGCCCCGUGGAGUUCCGCAGCGUGACACCCUCCACUAGGCUGCGGCCCAGUCUGGGCUCCAUGCCCGCUGCCGGCAAGCCCAGCGUGCCCAAUGGCCCGGACCGGCGCUACCUGGCGCACACGCCGUUGGCCGAUGACGGCCACCACAUCGUGACCACCGUGGUGAACGACAGCAGCGGUCACUGGUCGUCCUUCAACGAGAUGGUGGAGAAGUCCCAGCGCGAGAUGGAGGACAUGAUGCGCCGCCACUCCCUGCAGUCCUCGUCCCGCGAGCUGGAGGUGUCCACGCCCUCUAGCGCCCUGUCCCGCGUGCCUGCCGGGGUCAGCACUACCAGAGACGUGUCCGUGGCAGGCAACAACGUGACACAGCGUGAGGAGAAGCGAUGGGAGGACAACCCCGCCCCGGGCCUGCACCGCACCAACCGCGUGCUCAAUGAGAAGACCGAGUUGAAGGGCGCUGACGGCUCCGUGGUGGGCAACAAGAAGCGCAGCGAGAAGGAAAGCCACGCAGAGGGGUCUCGCGAGGAGGUGCUGCCCGACGGCUCCAAGAAGACAACCUUCACCAAGAGCUACGAGACCAGGAAGGUGUUCAGCUACAACAGCAGCGACCCUAAGGCUGUGUGAACCCGCUCGCCCUAUUUAUUGUACCGUGCUGUAUGUGUCUUGCCGCCCACCCCUCUGUGCCCUCCACGCCCCAUCCCACCUCAUCAUGACUCACUCUCUUUCUCUCUUCUCCCCGCCCGGUGAAUUCAUUGGUCUCCAGCAAACUCUCAGAGCGGCACGCACUUAUAUAUAUCACAAAAAAAUCGACAAUAACAACAAGCAUAUUAUAAGCUACAAAAGUAAAAUUUUCCAUUAACCUCCUACAAAAACAAAACAAAAAAUGCUGAUGAUAAUUCAUGUACAUUAUUGAAAGAAAAAAAAUGAAUUCUAUAUGAUAUUUUUUAUAAAAAAUAAAAUAUGACCCAAGCCAAUUAUA